GAUAAUAUGAAAGAAAUACAAAUAAAAAUUGAUAUAGCACAACGAAAAUAUAAAGAACGCCAUGAUAGAAAAUUAUCAGUAGAUUAUAAUUUCAAAAUAGGACAAUUGGUUUUGAAAUAUGAAAAUAAAAUUGAAGGCAAAAAGAAAUUAAAAGAAUGGUGGAAUGGUCCUUAUUACAUACAUGACGACCUUGAAAAUGGAGUUUAUAAAUUAAGGACAAUGGAUUGA